GUGGAAGCCUUUAGUACGCAUAUCCAGGAGGUUAAUUUAAGGGUUUGGAAGCCUGGGAGGGACUUGGCAAUAGACGAGAUAAUCGUACGAUUUAAAGGUCGAUUGAAGGAAAUAACUACUGUUCCAAACAAGCCUAUACCUACUGGAUAUAAGGUGUGGGGGGCAGCCCGGAGGGGGUUCUUGCUCGUAUGGAAUUGGCAUAUUCCAGGGCAAAAGAAUGGGCCUUUAGGAAUA